AUGCAGCUGCAGAUGUGUACAAGAAAAGCAACAUACAAAGUCAUCGAAGAGGUAGGCAGCGUCAGACUAAGUAAUUACCUAAGUAUUUCGGAUACUCGUUUGAGUGAGAUAAUUCAAGCAACAGCGAGCGACUCGACGAUGCAGCUCAUCAUCGACUUCAUCCUAAAUGGCUGGCCGACGACGGCCGACCAAGUGCCCGACAGCGUUAAAAUAUAUUUCCGGUACUGUCAGGAGUUGUCGACCCAAGACGGCUUAGUUUUCCGUAACGACAGAAUCCUUAUACCGCACUCUCUACGCAGAAAACUUAUAGAUAUUUGUCACGCAAGUCACAGUGGAAUCGAAGCUACUCUAAAGUUAGCACGCGCGAACUUAUUCUGGCCCGGUAUGAGUGUUCAAAUUAAAGAAGUUGUCCAGUCGUGCACAACAUGUGCCAAGUUUGCAGCAUCUCAAUCAAAUCCUCCAAUGGUGACUCACAGCAUUCCAGUGUACCCGUUCCAAUUCGUUUCCAUGGAUGUUUUCUUCGCGGACUUCGUAAAUAUCAGAAGAGCAUUCCUAGUAACCGUGGAUCACUAUUCUGAUUAUUUUGAGGUCGACGUCUUAAAAGAUUUGAAGCCAGAUUCCGUUAUAGCUGCCUGCAAAGAAAACUUCGCCCGUCAUGGAAAGCCUCAGGUAAUUCUUACAGACAAUGGUACUAACUUUGUUUGCCAAAAGAUGGUAGAGUUUGCCCGCGAGUGGGACUUUCAGCACAUAACGUCUGCUCCUCAUCACCAACAAGCCAACGGGAAAGCGGAAGCAGCCGUGAAAAUUGCUAAACGUUUACUAAAAAAGUCAGAAGAAUCCGGAAUUGAUUUCUGGUAUGCACUUUUGCAUUGGCGGAACAUACCCAAUAAAAUAGGUUCCAGUCCAGCGGCUCGUUUAUUUUCGAGGUCUACAAGAUGCGGCAUUCCAACUUCUGCAAAGAAUCUUUUUCCGAAAGUUGUCGAUGGUGUUGCAGGUGCUAUUGAAGCCAACCGAAAGAAAAUUAAAUUUCACUACGAUAAAGUAACUAAGACUCUACCUAAUCUUCAAGUCGGCUCUCCAGUAUAUGUUCAGUUGAAUCCAGAAACUUCGAAACAGUGGACUCCUCGCACAAUUUUGAAUCGCUUGAGUGAACGCUCUUUCCAGGUAGAAGUAGAUGGUGCUGGUUAUCGUCGCAGUGCUGUUCACAUCAAGCCUCGCAAGGAACUUGCCUCGUUACCAACAGCUCGUCCUGGACACAAUCGCAAUCCUGUCUUGAUGCUCCCAGAGGACGAAAAUUUUCCCGAUAGAAAUAUUGAAGCUGUUCCGAACAACGCAGCUAUUCAAAAUGGUUUUCAUGCGUCAAAUCAAUCAACGUUUGCUGCGAUUGAUAAGUCGUCGUCGUCGUCAACGGUGCCUAUCGAACCGUCCGUUACAACACCUCGUGCUUCGCAACCAAAAGAGAAACGUGUUUCAUCGGCUCCUAGACCAGUUGAUCGCCCGAGAAGAGAAAUUCGUCUUCCGAAUAGAUUUAAGGAUUAUCAUGUAAAUUUAAGUUAA